GUUCAACAAUGCGCGUCCAACAUCGGCCAAGCCUUGGCAUCGUCGCCAGUUAGUCAAUGUUUCGAAUUACUUUCAGAAUGUGAAGAACCGGCUCGAGAGCCUGUAGACGAAGCGACGAGAAAGACUUUGACUACCUUGGUAAGUCAGGUCGAGAUGACAGCGACAGCUACCAAAUUUCCAAUGCCGUAGUCAUCACGGAUCAGGCUUUUAUAUAAUCGGUUCUUCUUCACCCACCUGAUCUUUCUAUGCCUGUAUCAUGGAAGUGUUUCUACUGCUGCUGGUUGUGAUCACUUUCGGCUUCUUCCUGCGGACGAGGAACAGGAAUAACAUUCUGCCUCCAGGCCCGCUGGCUAUACCAUUUGUCGGGCAUCUGCACUUGCUGUUAAAAGGCCACCCUCAUGUCGUGCUGAAAGCUCUUGCGGAGAAGUAUGGUCCAGUUAUGUUUCUGCGAUUUGGUGUGGUUCCGAUUGUGGUGGUCUCGAGUAGCCAGUCGGCAGUGGAGUUCCUCAAGGUGCAAGAUAAAGUUUUCACGUCGAGGCCAAGGUUCUUAUCAGCUGGUCGGUUGCUGCUUGGUUUCGACGGGGAAGAUAUGGUGUUUGCUCCAUAUGGUAUGCGCUGGAAGCAGCUCCGUAGACUUUGCACUACCAAGCUUUUCACAGCCAGGAACUUCGCAGAUGUGAGGAUGAGUGAGGUGAGGAGCCUGGUGAGAGCAAUUCAGGCGUUUGGUGAAGCGUCUCCAAACUCGGCAUUGGAUCUUCGCACCAAGUUCAAGCAUCUGACCUUCAAUAUCAUCACAAGAAUGCUUAUGAGCAAGCGCUAUUUUGAAGGUGAUACUGCUGAUUCUAAAGAAGCAGAAGAGUUUAUAUACCUUAUGGAGGAGUCGUUCAGCUUGGCCGGUGCAUUUCCCGUCAGUGACUAUUUACCAUACAGCUUCGUCAAGUGGUUGAAUAUGAAUCAAGAUGACCGGAUCAAGACUCUGUCUGUUAGAAGCCGUCAAUUUGUGGACAAGAUUAUCACGGAACACGAGCUCAGAUCGCCAACAUGUUCGGAUGACUUUCUUGGGUUGCUGCUGAAGCUCAGGAGCACCGAGGAUGUUCUUCAACGGAACACUAUCAGGGGCUUGAUGAUCAACUUGCUUCAAGCUGCAACUGAUACCUCAUCCGUGUCGCUGGAAUGGACUUUGGCCGAGCUUAUAAAUCAUCCAGCCUGCAUGUCCAUGGUCCAGGAUGAGAUUGCUAGUGUCGUUGGCUCCAACAGAAUGGUGGAAGAGAGGGACAUUAGCAAGCUUCCCUAUCUGCAAGCGAUUGUUAAAGAAUCACUCAGACUCCAUCCACCAGGACCUUUGCUCUUACCUCGAGAAUGCUCCAAAACUUGCGAAGUGAUGGGAUACAAAAUCCCGGAAGCUACUACGUUAAUGGUGAAUGCAUACGCAAUUGGAAGAGACCCGAAAGUUUGGAAGGAGCCCCUUAAGUUCAAACCUGAGAGGUUCUUGGAUUACAGCUGCUUUGAUGUUGGUGGCAACAAUUUGGACGUUAUUCCAUUUGGAGCAGGAAGCAGAGCCUGUCCUGGAAUAUCUAUAGCGUUCUCCAUACUUCACUUGGCGCUGGCCAACUUGGUACAUGCUUUUCACUGGACACUGCCUGCUGAAGUGGUGCAUGUUGACACAAGCAACGAGAAGUAUGGACUCACUGUGACCUUAGCAAAGAAGCUGGAAGCCAUCCCUCUCUGCAAAAUUGAUACAAUUGUCUGUGGGGAUGAGUAAGAAAACAUGUGGAAUGAAUAUUCUGUUAUAACACAAUUCAUAAAA